UUCAAAAUUGCGCCAAUAUCAUAGCAUAGUCGUCUUUACUCUGUAUUCAGUCGGUCAAGUGAGUGUUAAAAGAGGGUAAAAAACAACUGUGUGUAUGGAUCAACUUGUGACAAACCUCCUUACAAAUUGGGGGUUCUUCCAAUAUAUUGAUGUGUUUGCAGAAAACCGAAUUGAUACCACAGCACUGACCUUACUGACAGAAGGUGAUGUCGCAAAUCUAGUGCCAGUACUAGGGGACAGAGUUAAACUGUUAGCUCAAUUAACGUUGUGGAAAGCCGACAAUGAGUGUUCAAACAUAAACAGGCUCUCCACUGAGAAGAUUAGUAUUGAGGGAUCAGGUACGGAUCCAGGCAGCCCCCAAUCCUUCCUCACAAAUAUUUCGAGCUUUAUUCGAGAUAACUUUGUGGAAUCUCCACUCCAACAAGUUGCAGCAGGUUCACUUGAGGAACAGAAUUUGCUGUCGCCUCAACACGAGAUUCCACCAACACAUCCCACACCCCCAACACCUAUCUUGGAACAAGAUGAUGCGGCACAUGUAAGGAACGUUCUGCUAAGCAGUCUGCAGGGCCGUAUUAUAUUAAGCAGCGAGGCUGCCAAAACUGGCCUUCUCCAUCAACGACAAAGAAAGGAGAUUGUAAAAUUAUUAAUUAAUCACGAAUUUGAGCGCAAUCCCCAAGUUCAUAUUACAUUCGCACGGUUCCAAACCCUCGCCAGAGGCAUUGCACAGCUUUUUAACUGUGAAUCACCAGUGCUGUACUAUACAGCAUACAUUUCUGCCCAACAAGGAAAGCCCAAGAGAAACCCAUCCGGCAGUCUGUAUAAUUAUUACUUGAGACAGAGACGUAACCUUAUUAGCAAGCAGGCAGUAGAACCCUUUCGGAAGCGGAAAGGCACCUCUAGCUCCACAACCUCAGAGAACUCGGGAACAGAGAAUAGGAAGGAAGCUCCCAUUGAUUUAUCCACCCUUGGUGCGGGCGAGAGUGAAAGGGUAGAAGAGUCAAUACUUUUCUGCCAAACCGCAGUGGAAGGCGCAACACCUUGGGAGGAAGUGGAACGCCAUUGGGGUUGCACAACUAGGGCCCGGCUGGCGAAACUAUAUCAUAAUCCUGGGAAUCUUCAUGAUUAUAUUGAAGAGUUUCCCAUACUUAAGGGACCCAGCGGAUAUCGACUCUUAGCGUUAGAUUAUCAACGGAUUUUUCCCGACAAAGACGAAGCCUUGCUCCGUGAAUCACUGGAGAGUGUAAGCACAAAGAUUCUUCAGAAGGCCGCCACGAAAUGUACCACUACGAAGGACGAAUUCCUUAAAGAGAACAUUCAGACCUGCCUAUCAAGUGUUGACGAGGUGAAUAUCGAGAGUAAACUAAACACCAGCCUUCUCCUCCUGCCGUAG